GCAGGUCUGUGAAUCGCAGCAGCAGCUUUGUGCAUCUCUUUCUGUGUGAGCGAGAGAGGCUCAGGGCUGCACUCCUCCAAGGGCUUCUCGUACUCUCUCUCAGCACACGUUCACACACGCACACGCGCAUCCCGUGCAUCCAGACAGGGGGCUUUCACCAUCCCAGACACACAGUCUGCUGCCCAGUGGAGCAUUGCGAAUCUGUCUGGAAGAACCGGACGGAGAGGAGGGAUUUCGCAUAGGAUCCGUCCGUGGUUUGCAACAGCAUGCGCCCGCCGAGCCAGACUUCAUCCCAAGGUUGAGCUGAGCGCUGCAGCAGGCGACAAGGGAGGAAUGGAUCGUAGAGAGAGCAGGACGUGGAACUGAGGGCUCACUGCGUGCGUUUGCAUCGUCGGAGGAUGCUUUGGGCAUCGCGGCUGGACGUUUAAGAGUUCGGCGGAUGAUAGUAGAUGGGGUUUUGCAUGCUGUCAGAGAGGGUUGUGAUUCAGAGACAUGAAGCCUCUUCUGAAGAACACACUUUAAUAGUUCCCUCACUGAGGAUGUGCAAUGAUUUCUGCUUGGCACAACCAAAUCUGAGGUCACUUCUUCCCUAGACCCUCUUUUAUACCUCAGGGUUGACUUUCAAAACUCAGUUUUGCUUCACUGCAUCCAGAGUAAAAAACUGCUGAAACAUUGCCCUCCAUGGUUUCUGCCCAUUUCAAGAAGCUAUCGUCUUACAUCGUAAAAAUUUGCAAAGGAAUGUUUACAAAGAAACUGUCAAAUACCACAAAGAAGAAAGAGAGUAGUCAACACAAAAAAGAAUCCAAAACGUCCCCCGAACUGCAAACACGGAAUCCGACGUUCUCAACCACACUCAAAAGCACAGUGAAAAAAAUCUCCAAAUGCUCAUCGGCACGCAAUAUAUCUCUUGAGGAGGAUGACGGAAAAACCGACUGUUCUUCUCUUUCGCCAACAUUCAGUUACCGUGUAGCAAUUGCCAAUGGACUUCCAAAAAAUCCCCUCUUUCUGAACAAUAAUGAGUUUCAUGAGGUCUUGUCAAUUGAUAGCGAUUACUCUUACUCUCUAAACGAGGCAAAACUUGUCCAUAGAUUCGAUGAACAAAAAGCUUAUACAAUGCCAGUAAGAAGGAACAGGAAGAGCUUGAUUAGUUUAGCGCCGUCUGAUGGCAGCUCGGAGGGGGACCGGGGAGAGCGCAGCAGUCUCCAUACCCUUCGAUUGGGUGCUCUGAAGAAACUGAGGAAGUGGAAGAAGAGCCAAGAAUGUGUGUCCUCGGACUCAGAGGCCAGCAACUGGAGAAAGACUCUUGGCAUCAGAAGCAAAUCUCUGGACAGGGCUGGCCGACACCAGAAAACCACUGCCCUGGAGCCGGGAUCCAGCUCGACGGGAUGCAUCAGUCAGACUCAGGAUGUGAUGGAGAUGAUCUUUAAAGAACUUCAGGGAAUCAGUCAGAUCGAGUCUGAGCUCUCAGAACUUCGAGGGCACGUAAACGCCCUCAAAAGCUCCAUCGACGAGAUCUCCAGCAGCGUGGAGGUGGUGCAGAGUGAAAUCGAGCAGCUACGUUCAGGGUUCGUGCAGUCCAGACGCGAGACGCGAGACAUCCACGAUUACAUCAGACAGAUUAGCCAACAGACCAACAAAGCUACUCUGAGAUUUCUAAAUGUGCCUGAAGAGAAGUACGAAAAAACUGAAGACCUUAUUUAUCAGAUCCUAAAAGAGAAAAUGGGUUUUGCUGAAGCACGAAAGACAUUUAAAAUUGAACUGGCCCAUCGACUAGGGCAACAAAGAGAAUGUUACAAUGCUAAACCUCGACCAAUUGUAGUUAUAUUUUCAAAACCACAAGACAGGGAUUUAGUUUUGAAAAAGUGUUAUAAGCUAAAAGGGACUGGAAUAUCCAUUUCGACAGAUAGUCUAGCACACGAUUCGAAAGAAAAGAGAGACAAGCCGAUGGCUUCCUCUCAGACAUAUGAAAGCAUUGACAUCAAGGUCUCAGCCAAAGACAAGGCUGAAAGUGAUGACUGGGACUCUACGGAGAGUGACAAAGAGCUUGAUGAAUUAAACAAGAACAAAUAUGCAAUUGUGUCCAAACCACCUCCAAAGAGUAAAUCGGACAAGAAAAAGUCUCACGAUCACCGAAGGAUGGCAGAUGACUCUGCCUACUCUGUGCACUAUGCAGAUACUACAGCCUAUGAUGACCAUGACAAGCAAAGCAAGUCCUACUAUUCGGACAUAACACCUGGAUGGCUGUCUCAGAGCGACUACUCCACUCCCAAACUCAGCCGGUCUGAAUCGGACUGCUCUAAACUUUGCCAGUCUUAUUCUGAGGACUUCUCCGAGAGUCAGUAUUUCAGCAGAGUCAACGGAUGUUCCUUGCUUUCCUCCUCGGAUCAGGAACUUUGGCAACGGAAGCAAGAAGACAUGGCAUCCUCCUGGUACGCUAGUCCCCCCAGUCAAACUUUGAGUCAAGAACGACCUUAUGCAGAACAUAAUGAAGUUGAAACCACAGAGACUAUUGACAGUGGUGUAAGUAAUGGUCUUGUUUGUAUAUCAGGGGACAGGAGUCAUUACAGUGGCUCUCAGCUGUCGUUGCAGGGUGACCUCUCACCGUGGAAAGAUUGGCAUCACCUUGAACAAGGUACCGAUUCAGGUUUGGACGCCUCCACUGAACAGAACAUAAUCUCUGAAAUCAGUAGCCCCUUUGACCCUACAGCCAACCCUGGUUUCCCCGAGAAAAUUACUAAAUGCCUUGAGGUCGAUUUGCAAUUUGAAGGUGAGACCUUUUUGACACUAGAUAGCACUCCUGAGACAGGUCAAGACCAAGAUAUAGAUAUAGAACCUGAAUUUUUGGAACCUGAGCUUGAGCCAGAGCCAGAAUCAGAACCAGAACAAAUGCCACAGCCUGAAACAGAACCUGAACCAGAACCAGAACCAGAGCCAGAAGUUGUUAUUGAACCCAUAACAAAACCAGACCCUAAACCUGUGUCUGAACCGCAACCCGAAAAGAAGCCCAAGACCAAAAAGAUCCAAGCUAAGCCUGAAUCCGCUCCACAAACUUUGCAGCGACAGGAUGUGAACCACCUCCAGCAGAACCCGAAAUCAUCCACCAUGUACCGGAGCCAGAGUGAGAUCAGAAAUGAGAAAGUGGAGGAAGUCCCCAAAUCCUGGAGUAGCAGGCUCAGUAUAGAUCUCAGCGAAAAAACCUUCGGCUUUGGAGGAUUUGGAUCCACCCUGCAAAGAGCAAAGUCAGCUUUAGAUUUUGUGUGGAAUAAAGGUCCCCAAAGCACUAGCGCCCCGGUUGAAGAACCGAGCAACACCUCAUUCAUGGGCAGGUUCAGAACCAUGUCCCAGUCCACAGCAAACAGCUCCAGCACAACCAUUGACUCGGACGUCUACACAGAACCUUUCUAUUACAAGGCAGAAGAGGAAGAACAUCCUGCUGAGCAACCCGUGGACAAUGAGACACAUUAUGUAGAGGUGAUGGAACAAGUGCUGGCCAAUCUGGAAAACAGAACAAAUGCUAACGAGGCUGAGGAGCAGUACCAAGAAGAGGAAUACGAUGCAUCGCAAGAGUAUGACAUCUUGCAAGAGAGUAACCUCGUGCUGGAGUAUGACUGCAGCCUUGAUGAGGAAUACAGUGAGGAUUAUGAUGACAAUCCGAUGACUGAAGACACAGCGGAGUAUGAGGUGAGUUUAGUGGAUUAUCUGGAAGAAACCGAGGAACCAGAAGCAGAGACCGAAGAACAGGAAGAGAGCAAAGAGGAGGUGCAGGAAGUUCUAGAGGCCUCAGAAAUAAAAGGAGAAGAUAAGGUAAAAGAGACAGUAGAACAAGAGGAUGAGAACAAAAAUGUUACAGAGGUUCCUGUUCAAGAAGCACCACCCAAAAAAAGAAUGCGCCCCACCUUCAAAGAGGCAGCACUGAGAGCUUACAGGAAGCAGAUGGCUGAGCUGGAACAGCAGAUCCUGGCAGGAGACAGCACUGCUCUGGACACAGAGGGUUGUGCCAAUAUCCUGGACCCAGCCAAACUGGGGCUGAGCGGCGGAGGGGUUGGCAGUAUACUUUACGGCAUUGACAGCAUGCCAGAUUUACGUCGCAAGAGGACCAUGCCUAUUGUUCGAGACCUGGCUUUGACAUUGGCUGCUCGAAAGGCAGGCAUUGCGUUUGGGCUCGUGAACAGAUCGACUCUGAACAACGAGGAGCUGAAACUGCAUGUGCUCAGAAAGACCCUGCAAGCAUUGAUCUAUCCCAUCUCCUCCACCACACCCCAUAAUUUCGAGGUGUGGACGGCCACGGCACCCACCUACUGUCACGAGUGUGAGGGUCUGCUGUGGGGCAUCGCCCGACAGGGCAUGCGCUGCACCGAAUGCGGGGUCAAAUGCCAUGAGAAAUGCCAGGACCUCCUGAACGCAGACUGUCUCCAACGUGCCGUAGAGAAGAGCUCGAAACAUGGAGCCGAAGACAAAACCCAAAACAUCAUCAUGGCCAUGAAGGAACGGAUGAAAAUCAGGGAGAAGAACCGGCCCGAGGUGUUUGAGGUAAUCCAGGAGAUGUUUCAGCUCUCGAAGGAAGACUUCAGCACUCACCUGAAGACGGCCAAACUGGCUGUGCUGGAGGGGACGUCCAAGUGGUCUGCCAAAAUUACCAUCACAGUUGUAUGUGCUCAAGGUUUGCAAGCCAAAGACAAGACGGGCUCCAGUGACCCCUACGUCACAGUACAAGUGGGAAAGACCAAACGCAGGACAAAGACCGUUUUUGGCAAUCUCAACCCGGUCUGGGAUGAGAAGUUCUUCUUUGAGUGUCAUAACGCUACAGACCGUAUAAAGGUGCGCGUGUGGGAUGAAGACGAUGACAUAAAGUCCAGAGUGAAGCAGCACUUUAAGAAGGAAUCGGAUGAUUUCUUGGGUCAGACCAUCAUCGAGGUGCGGAUGCUGAGCGGGGAGAUGGACGUCUGGUAUAAUCUUGAGAAGCGGACAGAUAAGUCGAUGGUUUCGGGGGCCAUCAGGCUGAAGAUCAGCGUUGAGAUGAAGGGAGAAGAGAAGGUGGCUCCUCCUCACGGGCAGUACACAUGUUUACACGAGAAUCUCUUCCACUACCUGACGGAGUUGAAGAACAACGGAGUCGUGAAGAUCCCAGAGGUCAAAGGUGACGAUGCCUGGAAGGUUUACUUCGACGACGUGUCGCAGGAGAUCGUGGACGAGUUUGCCAUGCGCUUCGGUGUGGAGUCCAUCUAUCAGGCAAUGACGCACUUUUCGUGUCUCUCAUCCAAGUACAUGUGUCCCGGCGUACCCGCUGUGAUGAGUAAUCUACUUGCCAACAUUAAUGCCUAUUUCGCUCACACAACAACGGCGAACACCAACAUCUCGGCCUCCGACCGAUUCGCAGCAUCCAACUUUGGGAGAGAGAAGUUUGUCAAACUCUUGGAUCAGCUUCACAACUCUUUGAGGAUCGACCUCUCCAAGUAUCGGGAUAACUUCCCUCCUGGAAAUCCAGAGAGACUCCAAGACUUGAAAUCAACCGUCGACCUGCUGACGAGCAUCACCUUCUUCAGGAUGAAGGUGCAGGAGCUGCAGAAUCCUCCCAGAGCCAGUAUGGUGGUUAAGGACUGUGUGAAGGCCUGUCUGGACUCCACAUACAAAUACAUCUUUGACAACUGCCAUGAGCUCUACAACCAUCUGCUGGACCAGGCUAAAAAGCAGGAUCUGCCGCGUGAGGAACAGGGUCCGUCCAUCAAGAACCUGGACUUCUGGCCCAAACUGAUCACACUGAUGGUGUCUGUUAUUGAUGAGGACAGAAUGGCCUACACACCCAUAAUUAACCAGUUCCCUCAAGAGUUGAAUAUGGGUAGAAUUAGUGCCGAAAUCAUGUGGAACCUCUUCGCUCUGGAUAUGAAGUACGCAAUGGAGGGUGAGUUUCUCCUGCUCUGUUUAUUACCAUCUCUGUGGGGUUACUGGCGUGGUUUUUCUUCUGACAUGGUUUCUGUUCAGAUCGUAGACCAACACAUGUCACAGAUCGAUUGUUUCUGAGCAGAACUCAAGCUGGUUUUACAUCACUGUUGGACUGAGUGUUUGAGAAAA